AUGACGCGAGGCACGACGUGCGCCCACGCGCGCGCCGCCAUCGCGCGCGCGUCUCAACGCGCGGCGAAGAACGCGCGGCGACCAUCGACGUCACCAAAAGCAUCGUCGUCGCUCUCCCGUGCGCGACGGGCGACGACGACGCGGGCGACGAGCGCGAGUGCGCUCGCGGACGUCCUGCGACAGCUCGACGUCGACGGAUUGUACGGCGCGGCGGCGACGGGCGCGAGUGAGUUGAUGCGGACGCUGGAGACGCUGGCGGGCGACGCGGCGGCGCGCGCGAGCGCGACGACGGGAGACGUGGCGAUCGAGGACUUGACGCGAGCGCUCGGGAUUGAGAAAGAUACGAUAACGGUAGAGGUGUAUCAAGCGCUCGCGCUCGGGUUCGCGGGGGCGCUGGCGAUGGUAAACAGCGGUGAGGAGGAGGCGCGCGCGGGCCCAGCGAGUGGAGACGUCUUGCCGACGACGUACGACGUGGAAAAGAUUCGGGCGUACUGGAGUAAGCGACCUUUGGCGAUCGCAAAGCGCUCGUUGAGCUUGCUGCUCGAUGUUGCGGGUUGGGUUAGCGCUUUGUUGGUGGAUAUUCAGACGAAGAGUGUGGAGAAGAACUCCGUCGAACGUGCCGGUCAACUGAAGGACAUCAUCGCCAAGCAAGGCCCAGCGUUCGUGAAGGUUGGUCAGGCUGUCGCGAUCAGACCGGAUCUGCUCCCACCGGCGUACCUCGCGGAGCUGCAAACUUUGCUUGAUGGCGUCAAGGCGUUCUCGAACGACGAGGCGAAGGCGCUCAUCAGAGAGCAACUCGGCAAGCCGCUUGAUGACAUUUUCGAGGAUGUGUCGGCGUUCGAUAAACCUGUUGCGGCCGCGUCAAUCGGCCAAGUUUAUAGGGCUCAACUGAAGCGAACGAAGAUGAUGGAAGCGGAACAAGAUACAUGGGGUGCGGAAGUUGCCGUCAAGGUUCAGCGGCCGCAGAUUCUCGACGUGGUCACCUUGGACUUGCUCGUCAUCAGAACGGUUCUUCAGUAUUUGGCCAAGUUACCAAAAGACGGACCGUUGGGGCAGAUUCAGCAAGGUGCCGAGGGUUUCCUUCCAGUCCUGGACGUUGCCGCGGAGAGAUUCCUGGAAGAGUUGGAUUUCGGCAUGGAAGCCUCGAACGCGUCUCGGUUCGAAGCCGAUAUGAACAGCGUUGCGUUUGUUCGCGGAAGCAUCAAGGUUCCGCACGUGUAUAGGAGCGUGAGCACGCGUAAGGUCCUCACGCAGGAGUGGGUAACUGGUCGUAAGCUCACUGAGAUUGACGAAAACACUAGCAAGGAAACGCGUGAAAAGCUCGUCGAGACGCUUCUAAAUGCUUACAUGGUGCAAUUUUUAGAAAGUGGGUUCCUUCACGCGGAUCCACACCCAGGGAACUUUUUGCUACAAGAUGAUGGAAAGCUGUGCAUUCUGGACUACGGCAUGAUGACCACCAUUAGCGAAGAGCAGCGCAUUGCUUUCGUGGAGUACAUCGCGCACCUGAGCGCGAAGGAGUACGACAAAACGUUGGCUGAUCUAGUCAACCUCGGAUUCGUACCACCGGAGCUCGCUGACGAUCCGAUUAAUCGCUCAAUCGUCGUGCCCGUGCUUGCGGAGACUCUCGAGACGCUGUACGGCUCCGGCGGAGGUAUCACGACAAAGACUGAUGCGCUCAAUGCGCAACAAAGUUCUCGCGUCGGCGAAUUGAGCGACAAGCUCGAAGCUCUCGGCAAGGAGUACCCACUGCAACUGCCGCCAUACUUCGUGCUCAUUUUGCGUGCAUUCGGGACACUUGAAGGACUUGGUUUGUCGGUGGAUUCGAACUACGCCAUCGUCGAUGAGUGCUUCCCAUACAUCGCUCGUCGCCUUCUGUCCGACGACUCGCCGCGUAUGCGCGACGCACUUCGUUCGUUCGUGUACGGCGGUAGCGACCGCCUGCGUGUGAGCCGCGUAAAGGACAUUGCCGGCGGCUUCUCCCGAUUCACAAACUCGAUGGGCGCGACCGAAGCGGUGGCGACGACGGAUCCCACUCGGCUCGACCCCGCAACGAAGGAUGCACUCGCGAUCAUCUUCAAUGAGAAGGGCAACUACUUGCAAGAUCUCGUCGUGGAAGAGGCAGUCCGCGCAGCGGAUGCAGUCAGCCGUUCUGGCGCCGCGACUGCAUGGCAAGUGCUAGGGCAAGCGUGGCCGCUCGCCGCCGCCGCGUCUGUUACGCCGCUGGCUCUCAUACCGGGCUUGAACGGGGCCAUCGUCUUAUCGGCGCUCGCGUCUCAGAAUAAGCAAGCGAUCUCACUCACGUUUGAGGACAAGAAAAACCUGGCACUUUUGCGAUCCAUCGUCGAGCUCAUCUCCCCGGAGGGCUGGUCCCAAUCUCUAACCAGGGCUGUCAGCUCCAGUCGCGAAGUUAGUUCGCAGAUCGAACCGGAAUCUAUUCGCUCCAUAGGAACCGCUGUCGCUCCCGGGUUGCGUCGCAUGUCCAGUAACUUUGGUGAAAAGCUUGGGCAGCGCUUGACGGACCGCUCGCGACAAGACUUUGAAAAAUCCUUCCCUCGACCAGUCUCACGAUGA